AUGCGGCUCUUAUUCCUACUGACGAUUCGCUCCGGAUAUCUCCAAACUGUUCCAGCGCCCAAGUUUUAUGUCUUUCCGCCCCCGCUUCUGUGCCGUGGCCUGCGGAAUACCCGCUUGUACACCUCCGGAACACCACCCCAAGCUUCUAAUGAGACUUCUUCAGCGCUUCGGAAUAUAAUGCGGAAAAUACCACACCCAGUUGUGAUAGUGACAUCCGCAACCUCAAGCUCCCCACAGACAUGGCGCGGCAUAACCCUCUCAUCCUUCAACUGCUUCUCUCUCAACCCACACCCGCUAGUCUCCUUCAACAUCAAGACGCCCUCCUCGGCAGCCAGCACAAUGACCAAAGCCGGGUCCUUCGCCGUCCACAUCCUGCGGCCCUCGCCGCGAUCCGCGUUCCUCGCCAGCAAGUUUGCGCAGCUGGGCGCGACAAACUCCACAAAGAUCUCCCCGUUUUCGUUCACCCAGAGCCAGAUUACGCUGGCGAAUGCCACUUUUGGCUCGCCGCUGCUGGGGAGAGAGGAUGAUGUCAUGUUCCGCCUGCAGUGCGAGACGCAUAGAACUAUACAGAUUGAGGACCACCAGCUGUGGGUGGGGAAGGUUACGAAGGUGGAUGUUGUCGCUGAGGAGAAGUAUGUGGCUGGGACUGGGCUGGAGGAGGUGUUUAGCUUGAUGUAUUCAGAUAGACAUUUUCGGCACGUUGGGGAGACGCUGGUGCCCCAUGAGGGUGCUGCCGUGGAGGAGGAGGUAGAGGAGAAUAUGGAUGAUGGGUCACUUCUGGCCGAGGAGCGUGGGAGCGGGAGGUAA